UCCCAAACUUUCCCCUCUAACAUCCAACCCCUCUCUCACCCCAUAUCUAAAGUCCUCGAAGAAAAGUUCCAGUUUUUGCCUUAAUCAAUGGGCGGCCAUGAAGCUGUGGAAGUUGCCAAGACCGUCCUCGAAGUCACCGAUGUCGCAUGGACCGCCUUGGAAUGUAGCCACCACCUCCAUCAUCACCAUGAUACUCCCCACAAUCUUCACAAUUUCGAGCUUCAAAAAGAAUUGGAAACCCUACAAUCCAAAAAUCGGCGUUUAAGGAAUCAACUGGAACAGAACCUCAAACUUCUCAAUAAUUUAUCUGAAUCUCCUGUUCUGUUAAAUGAUUGUCCUCCUAACCUCUAUGCUCGGUUGGUAUCUACCGUAGAUUCUAGAGACUUUUUGACCCGACUCAAAUCUCUUAAUGAAUCCGAUAUUAAAAUUGAGUUUCCAUUCAAGGAAGCUGCAGCACAUGGAACUGGUAGGAUCAACACCCAAGUAAAUUAUUUAGCAAGGUAUGCUAUUGAAACUAGGGGUGAGCAAAAUUCGAUUCGACUCGAAAAAAUCGAAAAAAAAUUUGAAUUUCGAGUUAAAUGAAUCGAGUUAUUCGAGU